AUGGAGGCCUCAGGGCAGGAGAAAGCCUUGGGGCAACUGGGCCAGGAGGCCACCUGCCCGCUCUGCCUGGACUUCUUCCAGCAGCCGAUGGUCCUGGCCUGUGGGCACAACUUCUGCCGCGACUGCCUGGCCCGGCUGGGCGCUGAGGCUUCCUGCCCCCAGUGCAGAGCCAGGGUGGAGCCCAGCAGUGCCUCCCCCAACUGGGCCCUGGCCAACAUCGUCAGCCUGGUGAAGGGGCUUCGGCUGUCGGGGGGAGCCCAGGAGGGGAGCAGCGGCCCCCAGCUGUGCCGGGAACACCAGCAGCCCCUGCAGACCUUCUGCUCCAGCGAGAAGCGCCUCCUCUGCACCGGCUGCCCUGGGGGGGCACCAGGGCCACCCCCUCCUCUCCCUGCCCGAGGCUGCCCAGGAGUACAAGAGAUGUUUCAAAAAUUGGAAGCUAAAUUUGAUAAUAAGAUUGACCAAUUAAUACACCAACAACAAGAUCUAGUACAGAAACAAGAGGGCUUUCGGGACCUGCUGGAUGCCCUCCUGGAGCCCCUGAAGAAGGAGCAGCAGCUGCUGGAGCAGAGGCAGGCGGAAGAGCAGAGCCGCCAGGAGUGCCAGGAGAAAUGUGCCAAUGAGAAACAGAAGGUCAGGCUUCUGCUGGGAUCCUUGGUGGAGCUGCUCAAGAAGAGGCAGCCGGUCUGGGUUGCCUGGCUGGCCGAGCAGGAGGAGAAGAUGGAGGCCGAGUGGGAGUUAUAUAUGGCCCUGCUCUCCGGGGAGGCCUCCCGCCUGCAGCAGCUGAUUGCCCAGACGGAGAGAAAGUGCCGCCAGCCAGACGAAUUCCUGCAGGACAUCCAGGACACCGUGGAGAGGUGCCGGAGUUACGUGGUGGGGCGCGUGGAGAGCGUCUCCCCCAGGCUGCAAGGCAGACUCCAGACCAUGUUGGAGGAAAACGCUCCUGUAAGGCAGGUUGUGGACAAUUACAAAGCCUCCCUGGAGACGACUCUGACCAGGAAGAAGCUGGAGCGACCUCUGGCCGCGGUCUACGUCAUGCCGGACGGCUCGACCGCCCACCCGCGGCUGCAGUGCCAGAGAACCACUCUGACUUUGGUCGACCAAAACCAGGAUCUCCCGGAUCUGCCAGGGAGGUUCAACCAGGAAUUGUGCGCCCUGGGCUGCGGGGUAUUCAGUGCAUGGUGGUACUAUUGGGAAGUGUCUGUGCAGGGUCUAGACAAUGCCCUGGUGGGUGGCAGAGCAUGCUGGGCCGUCGGGGUGGCCAUAGAGUCUGUACGCAGGAAGGGGAGUUUCCAGCUGAGCCCCCAGGAGGGAAUCUGGGCCGUGGGGAAGAGUGUGGAGGGCAAGACGGUCGCUUUCUCCAAGGUUCACGAGAAGCUCAGCUUGCAAAGGCCACUGAGGAGGCUGCAGGUGCGGCUGGACUACAAGGCAGAAGAGGUGGAGUUCCUGGAUGCGCAGACUGGGGUUUCCCUCUAUAUCUUCCGGACGGGGCCCUUCCUUGGGGAGAGGGCCUACCCUUUUUUCUACCUGGGCCAGCAGGGGGUCACCCUUCAGUGUGACAAAUAUUGA